UAAAGAUAGUAAGCAGUACCUUGUACCGUCCAUGUUGAUGUCACCCCCAACAGAUGACGUCCUAAAGCUUCUCAACUCUGUAAACAUUCCAUCUCUUUUUUUAACAUUUGCAUCAGGUCGAGUGCCUCCUGGUCUAUUCUCCCGACUUAUUCUACUUUUCCUCCAAUGGUCUGGCGAAGAAUGGAACAGGGAAAUGAGCCCACGGUUGUUUCGUAAUUUUGCCUGGUUUCACAUUCUUCCAGACCAAGGUAUCUCCGUCAUUUUUUGGUGCCAUGCCUCAACUAUCGAAGUCGUCAUUUACAGCGGAGACAAUGACAAGAAAAGAGCAGAUAUAUCCCGUGCUGUUCACUGGAAAUUGAGGUUUAUACUUGAGUGCAUGCGGAAAGAGUUCCACUGGCUCAACAACGUGAAGUACGAUAUGUGUGUCUGCUGUCCGGUCUGUUCUCAACCAGGGUCGGUAAAAUGCCGCGGUCAUGGCGUGCGUGGAUGUGAAUGUCUACACUACUUGUCAGAAUCUGAUUUGAGAAAGCGUCAACAUUGCAACAGACCAGCACGCAACCUUCUUGGGGAUUGCAGGAUUCCGGUCAAGCAGUUUGAAUGUUGGUUCUUAUUUGGAGAAGAAGAGGAAGGUGCCGAAAUGUCAACGAAUCAGCAGCUGCAAGCUCUACGCGUAACAAGUCAUGGAGGCUUCCUUAGUGCGAAAGGCAUAGUUUCUAUAGAAGGAACGAAACGGAUAGAUCUUGCGCUUCCUGAGAGUAUCCAAACGUCCAUCCAGUCCAUUCCACUCAACUCAGAAAGUGGUGUGAAGGAUAUUGUGAUUAAGUUUCGAGAAUCUCUGCAGUUAGAACCAGCAUCUUUCGACAGUCCGGAGCCUGAGACGAAAAAAAUGAUUCGUGGCCUUGCCUUGAGAGCUAAAUCUGAGAAACGGGAUGACUUGGUGAAACACUUACGAGAAAUUACACCUGCUGGUACUACUGGGCCGUUGUUGAAUGAAGAUAUGUCAGUUGGUUGCAUGCCAUAUAAACAAUACGAGGAUUUAACGUUCAGCCUCUCGGGUGGAGACGAGUGGAAACUGUUGGCAGAAAGGCUAGGCUUAUCCCAAAUCCAAAUUCGCUUUCUAGACAAGAGAGUUACGAAUCCUUCUGAUGUCGUCCUCGGCGCUGUGGGAAAGCAUCGCCACCUGAGUGUUAGAGAAAUCUAUGAUACAUUAGUCGAGUGCGAGUUACCAGCUAUCGCAGAUCUAAUGUAAAUUAGAAAAUGAAUACCGGAAGAAGGCGAGUGACACAGCAAGAGGCAGAAGCAAGAAGCAAGGUAGCAGCCGAAGACUUAUUUGCGAGAGAUCUACGGAAAAAUACACUUCCUGAGCUGGGAGUCGAUAAAUUAUGCGUUGAGGCGCG